GCUGGACAGAUCCCCGACGGUCGGACGCGCGACGGGCCCCGGACGGCAGGGCUGAUGGACACUUUCAGCUCCAAGAGCCUGGCUCUCCAGGCCCAGAAGAAGCUCCUGAGCAAGAUGGCGUCCAAGGCAAUGGUGACUGUGUUCGUGGAUGACACGAGCAGCGACGUGCUGGACGAGCUGUACCGCGCCACCAAAGAGUUCACGCGCAGCCGCAGGGAGGCCCAGAAGGUGGUGAAGAACCUGGUCAAGGUGGCCGUGAAGCUGGGGCUGCUGGUGCACGGGGGCCAGCUGGGCAGUGAGGAGCUGGCGCUGCUGCAGCGCUUCCGCCAGCGGGCGCGCAGCCUGGCCAUGACCGUGGUCAGCUUCCACCAGGUGGACUUCACCUUUGACCGGCGCGUGCUGGCCACCGGCCUGCUCGAGUGCCGGGACCUGCUGCACCAGGCCGUGGGCCCACACCUCACCGCCAAGUCCCAUGGCCGCAUUAGCCACGUCUUUGGCCACUUGGCCAAUUGUGACUUCCUGGCCACGCUGUAUGGCCCCGCCGAGCCCUACUGCAGCCACCUGCACAGGAUCUGUGACGGCCUCAACAGGAUGCUGGACGAGGGCAGCAUAUGACCUCUGGCCGCCCGCCCAUCCCAUCCAUCGCUCAUUUGUGGCUUUGCUGCUAGGGGGAGGGAUUGGUGGGUUUUCAAUUUCUCUCCCAAUCUGAUGCUCUCUGGCCAAACUCCCCUGGACAGGUGACCUGGCCCCUUUGAGAGGACACUCGACCUUCUGUCCUGGCAACUUCCAAGACCCACAUCGCCUCUCCUCCCCGCCCAGCCUCGAUAGGGAGAGGCAGUGUGGGGCUGGCCAGGUCUGUCUUUCCCUCCCGUUUGUAUUUGUGAGCCAUGCU